AUGGGCUUCGUCAGCUCCGGCCCAAUUCUGCCCUGGCCGAACGUUGGCGAUGGUUGCAUCGCAUGCAUUGUGGAGGGAACCCCAUUGCUUGGUGAGCGCUGCUCCAUUGCUGCUUGUCAUCCCACACGAUUUGCCAAUGAAAUGCAUGGCGGCAUCAAGUCAUUCGUGAACUGAGGUAAUCUAAAAAGCUUCAGUUCCAUGACCAUGCCCGCUGUGUGUGCCGCAUCUCCCAGCUUCAACCAGGAUGGGGCGGGUCCUUCUGUCAAACAACAGAUAUCAAUCCCUCGUGCCGACGUUCCCUCCAAGGCGGCCGCAGUAAGAGGGCAGGCUUGGUAGAGAGAAUGGGAUCGGUCAAAGCCCAAGUGAUACUAGGAAGAUAAAUAACAAGACAAAGGGCCCGAACGUGUUCGGUUGGUAUCCUUUUCCGCAUCGAAUCUCAGAAAAAGAAAAAUGAAAGAGGAAAAGAACCCGAAGGAGUGAAAAAAAAAAAAAAACAGUAAAAAACGCCGGGUGACGAGAUGUGCUCGUCUUCUAUCCCUCGCCCAUUACAAAUUUCGCUUUCCCAAAACGCCUCGACCAUGCGACAAGGUUCGCGCAGCCAUCAAAUCGUCAUCAUGGCGUUGCUGCCCCUUCUUGGGGGCAAGAUCAUGGUUCUUGAUGUUC